AUGGCAUUCCAAGGACUAACUUUGAGAAGGGGAUUUUCCACCUUUUCCUCUUUUUUCCGGGAAUGGAGACUUGUUGAAACCAGAAGCGUUGCCAAACAGCCUGAGUAUAAAGUAGGCGACAAAAAGCCAGCAUACAUUCCAAAGGGUCGCAAACAAUUUCCAGACUAUCAGUUCGGGGAGUCCGCCAUUUUUAAACAGAGCAACAAGGGCCUGUACGGGGCCUCCUUCGUACAGUACGGCAAUAACAUCGCAGAAUCGAAAACCAAGACGAGAAGAAGAUGGCUUCCCAACGUGGUCAGAAAGGGUCUGUGGAGCGAGACGCUGGACCGCAACAUCAGUAUAAGGAUGACUGCCAAAGUACUCAGGACCAUCACCAAAGAAGGCGGCAUCGACCACUAUCUCACCAAGGACAAAUCCGCCAGAAUCAAGGAAUUAGGGCCUACAGGAUGGAGGUUGCGUUACCGUGUCUUGCAACGACAAGAGCUCAAGGCCAACCCUCCUCACAAAGAUGCGCCACUGGUAGAGACCCCCGAGGGCCUCCAGAAGCGCGUUUAUUUCGAGGGCUCUGUAGGUGGGCAAAAUGUGCGCAUUACCUGUGGCCGUCGGAAGCUGAUGCAGUUCCUGUAUCCACUAGAGAAACUAGAGCACCGUGCCGACGGAAAGAACCUGACGUACAAAGAAUUUUUGGAUUUAUACGCUGGUGCCGACUUCCCCAAGGUUUUGGAGACUUUGCACAAGUACGGUUUUGAUUUGAAAGCCGUGAAUAUUUAA